AUGGUCGUCUCGACACCUUGUCGUGUUUGCGGAGAUCGAAGUUCUGGGAAACAUUAUGGAGCAAUAUGUUGUGAUGGUUGUUCGUGCUUUUUUAAACGGAGUGUUAGAAAGGGUGCAUUUUACACGUGCAUAGCUGGAAAAGGGAAUUGUGUCAUUGACAAGGCCAGAAGAAAUUGGUGUCCUUAUUGCAGGCUGCAAAGGUGUUUUGCUUCUAGAAUGAAUGUGGCAGCUGUGCAGGAAGAACGCGGUCCAAGGAAACAAAAAAAGUUGAGAGAAUCAAAGUUCGAUUCAUCGAUACUUCAGUGUGAUGUGCUAGCAUCAUCACCAUCAGAAUACACACAGGUCGCACAGCCCAUUGAAGGCUUACAGCAUCAAAUCUUAGCGCAAAUUCUCAUCACUUGCAUAAAACAGGCUAGAAACAACGAACACUUUCGACAUUUUGCCAGAUCGCAACAGAACAUCAUAUUGAAGAAUGUUUGGUCCGAAUGUUUCGUUCUCAGAGCGUCUCACUGGUCUAUUGAUAUUGGAUCGAUAGUGGACAAGUGCGAAGAUUCGAACUUUAAGUACGUUAUGAACAAUACGAAGUGCCUGAAGGCAGAUUUGAUCGAGGUGUCGCUGUUAGAAACUCUUGUCCUUUCAAGAAAGGAGUAUGCGCUAUCUUUUGAUGAAGCCAAACAAUUGGAAGCAAUUUCUGACAGCGCUCUCUUAGCACUUGGACACUACACAAUUCAGCAAUUGCAUUGGAGCCGUUAUGGAAAACUUUUGCUAGCACUACGUGGCCUGUCGCUUCACUACUUCGACAGUGUUUUGCAGCACAUUUUUAAGAAUAUCAUACAGAGUGCGUUAGAUGACUUUUAGUGAGUGCCUGAGUUCUAAAGUGAAUGUGAUUUUGUGACGAUAACAGCCAGAAUGAAAACGCUCCUGAAAAUCUACUUUGCCAGAUUUUAAGACGAUUUCUCAAAGCAUUUCCAGAAGCAUAGUUUUACCAACUCAGUGUCUUAAGUUAUACGAAAUG